AACUAGACUUUCCCAAUCUGUAGCAGUAGUCCCAAGACUCGAAGUCGUCAUCUCGUUUAGUCGUGUCGCGUCAGUCUUAUAUACGAGCUUUGCUCAACUUGUUGUUGGUCUAUAACCGCGAGAUUUUAACAUAACCGGAAAAAGGGCAACUAUAAGUUAAUAGAAAAUGUUACGGCUAAUUUUGGUGACGUUGAUCGUCGCCGGAGUUCAAGCCAGUUGUCCAAUGCGACCAUCCACGGAAGAGGCAUCCUCCCAACGACUUCCGGGCGACGGUGGUUAUCGCAUUUUGAUUAGUGGAGAUUUCGAUAAAUAUAUCCCAAAUGCUGUUUACACAAUUAGCUUAAGAGGCACUCGCAAUCAUGAGAGACUUCAACAAUUUACACGUUUCACGCUAUCUAUCGAUUCCCAACACUUGCCUAAUAACCCUGCUGCUCGAAUUGGAUAUUUGCAGCUCUUUUCAGAUUCGCUUGCUCAAUUUAAUGAAGAUUGUAUCAAUACGAUAUCAGAGUCAACUGACAAUUCAAAAUCAGAGAUUCAAGUGAUGUGGAGAGCACCAGCAUCGGGUUCGGGUUGUGUGGUAUUCACUGCAAUGAUUUUCGAAGAUUCAACACAUUGGUAUGCGGAAGAUGGGGCAUUAACGAAAACAUUUUGUGAAAUGACAUCCGAUGAAGCCGAAAAAUUAGAUGACAAUAAAUGUUGUGCUUGCGACGAAGCAAAAUAUUCGAUGAUUAUGGAGGGUAUUUGGUCGAAUGAGACUCACCCCAAGGAUUUUCCAUUUUCCCUAUGGUUGACCCAUUUCAGUGAUGUGGUCGGUGCAACUCACGAGACAAAUUUUUCCUUUUGGGGUCGGGAUCACACAGCAUCCGAUGGAUUUCGUCAACUCGCUGAAUGGGGCUCUGCAUCCGGAUUGGAAGCCGAAUUAAAAUCCCAAGCUCGCCAUCUGAGAACUUACAUCAAGGCAGCUGGACUCUGGUAUCCCAAUGUCAACACUAAUACAACCGCAAAUUUCAGAGUUGACAAGAAGCAUCCGUUAUUGUCAGUUGCCUCAAUGCUGGGACCAUCGCCCGAUUGGGUCGUGGGUGUGAGUAAACUAAAUCUCUGUCAAAAGGAUUGCUCCUGGGUUAGGAGUAUGAUCAUUGAUCUUUAUCCAUGGGACGGUGGGACAGAUAAUGGUAUCAGUUAUAUGUCACCGAAUUCGGAAACUAAGCCGAGGGAAAAAAUGAAACCAAUCACAACAUCAUAUCCGGAAGAUCCACGAUCACCAUUCUAUGAUCCCAGUGGAAAACCAAUGCUACCAUUGGCGAGACUCUAUUUAAAUAGGGAGGCAAUUGUUCCAAAAAGUUGUGACGAACAGAAUCUUCAGCAACAAAUCGCUGAAUUUGAAGUCACUGAAAAUACUGAAGACACGUCUCGACCCGAAUGCCUAACGACGGAAUACUCGCCAUGGUCAACGUGUUCGGUGACAUGCGGCAAAGGUUUGAGAAUGAGAAAGAGAGAUUAUAGAAUUCCGGAAAAAGCAGCAAUGAUGGGUUGUAAUAGACAAUUGAUUUCUAAGGAAAUGUGUCUUGCUUUCAGUGGUGAAUGUCCAGAUGACGCUGAAAAUGAGGACAAAGCUUUCGGUAUUAAUGAGUCCGAUUGUGAAGCAUCGAAAUGGACCGAGUGGUCCGAGUGCUCGGCGUCUUGUGGUCCUGGCCUGACAAUGAGAACAAGAAAGCUCGUCAAUCGAAAUAAUAGAAAAAAAUGCAAUCACGUCACACUUAUUGAAAAGUCGAAAUGCAUGAAAUCAAAUUGCGAACCUGGAACUGAGGAGAUACUUGAUCCCAAGUGCUCUGUUUCAGAAUGGUCAACGUGGUCGCCUUGCAGUGUCACUUGUGGACAGGGUGUGAGAAUGAGAAUGAGAUUAUUAACCAGUGAUCCUACAUCACACGCGGAAUGUUCCUUAAAAAUUAAACUCAUACAGCAAGUUGAAUGCACGGAAUCUGAAGAGUGUUCACUCGACAUGGCUACUGCUAAAGUUGUUUGUAUGGAAGAACAAGAAAUUGGUCCUUGCAGAGGACGAUUUGAGCGUUGGUCAUUCGACACACGUAAAUUAAUGUGUGUUCCAUUCAUUUAUGGUGGAUGUCGAGGAAAUAGAAAUAAUUUCCAAACUGCCGAUGAGUGUACGAAAACUUGUGAAAUCGUUCGAUCGGCACUCACUGGUGGUCAACAGCAAUCGAGAAAACAAGAUGAAUCUAUUUUUAAUAACAAUCAACUUGUCAAUAAUCCUAAAGUUGAUUGCAUGGUUUCACCCUGGUCACCAUGGACAGCUUGUAACGUUUCCUGUGGUCACGGCUUUGUUUAUAGUUCACGAUUCAUCAAGCGACAACCUGAAAAUCUAGGUGCUCCUUGUCCAAAGAAACUUCAACGAAAAGCCCGUUGCACUCUUGCACCUUGUGAUGAUUAAAAAAAAAAAAAUAAAAAGUUGAUAAAUUUUUUUAAAAAAUGUAAAAAAAGGAGCUGAAGUCAUAAUCAAUAGAGGCUAAGAUUGAUGUACAA